CUGUUUUAUCGAUAUGUCAUUUGUCACUUUAUAAAAAAAAAUAAUGGCGGCUGCGGUAGAUAACUUUAUAGACUGGUUAGGAAAUAAAUUAAAAGACUUAAAUACAGACGAGAGCGUUUUCGGCUCGUAUAUAACUGGAAUAUUAGAUUGUGAUGAUUCAAUCGAAGAAAAAACCGAAGCACUGCAAGGUAUACUAUCAGAGAUCAUUGAGAAUGAAAAUAACAUAACGCAAGUGUGUAACGAAAUAAUUGAAAUGUACGUUAAAUUUAAACCCAAGCAAGCCUCCGGAAAUAACGCAGCAAUUGAAGAUGUUGAAGUUAAACUUGCAAAAAUGUUAGAGUCACAAUGUUUGGCGACUACAAAGCAAAGGGAAUAUACAGCUGAAGAGAAAAAGAUACGGGAGGCGAUUUUAUCUCAAUACAGUCAAAUGAGUGAUGAAGAGGAUGAACAAAAUAAUAUUUGCACUACUGAGCAUAAAGAAAGUUUAGAAAAAAAUACCAAUGCUUUGUCGGUACAUCAAGCUGAAAGGGAAAGAAGAGAGCAAGCUAAAUUGGAUAGUCAACGAAAAAAGGAAAAGGAUAAAGAAGAUCGAGAGAAGCAAAAGCAAAUGAAAGAGGAGAAAAAGGAGAAAAGAAAAACUGUCAAAGGGGAAAGAAGGAGGUAGCCCAUAUAGAAACCAGAUUAGAUCUUUUUUAUUUUAUUAUGUAUUGUUUUUAAUGGAUUAAGAAUGUUGAUGAAACCCGAUAAUGCAAAAUGUGAUUUUAAAUUUUUUCGUUUUCAUAAAUUAAUAAAUGUGUAUUAGUAGUGCAAA